AAAAAGAGAGUAGAUCAUAAAAAAGGAAAGCAAAGAAUAGAAGAGACUCAACAAAGCUUAAUAAGAGCCCAGCUCACAACGAAAUAGGUGCGGCCCCCAUCAAAUCCAUAUCCCAGUCACAUUCAAUUUUGACUAACUCAAUUUAAUAACAACAACAAAGAAGUAUGGCUCUCGUGGAAGAGUCUACCCUCUCCUAAGUCCUAACAUGGAAUUCAAACAUUGGGGCAAUCUCCAAGUUUUUGGCUGUUCUAAGUCACCUUUAUAACCAUCUUCAUUCCUAAACUUUCCUUGCGAAAAGAAAACAAGAAAAAGUCUCUCAUCUGCACCCUCCAAUUCCUUCAAUUUUUCUUCUGCUCUCCACAUGAAACCAUAGAGAAGCUUCAAAAUCAAUGAAGGGGCUUGUGGUGUCAGAGAGGGUGAGAAAGGGAGGAGGUGAUCAAGAGAAGAUGAAGUCAAAGUCCACCAAUCCCGCAAAUGCGGAGAAGAACAUCACAAAUUCUUCUGAGAGCAGCAAAACUAGUCGACUCCCUAAGCUCUUGAGACCCUCUGCAAUAAAAUCAUCAAUUGGUACACCAAAUUGCCGGAAGGAUCAGUUACAGUUACAGGUAACCCUCAAUUCCCUGAAUACAAAUGUUAAGGGAAAAGGCAUCAUAAAGAAUCUAUCCAACGGGAAUGGACCAUUAAUAUUAUCUCCUAUCAAUCCUGUUAAACCAACAAAAACUGCGGUAAGAGGAUCCGAUGUGAAUCUAAAAAUGCCUGCAAUAAAGAAGAACUCGGCGAUGAUUCCGAGUCCUAAGGAGAACAUACAGAAGGCUACCUGCUCAUCGAAUUUGAAGGAUUCGAAGAUCGCGAAACCACUAGAACUUAAUCCGGGAGGAACUGAAUCUACAGGCACUUCAGUAAUGAAGGUUUGCCCUGCCACCUACUGCUCCUUAAAUUGCCGUAAGCGAGAGCCUAAUCAUCUCCUAUCGGCACGAAGAAAAGGAAUGGUUGAGAAUAAGAAGAGCAUUAGACAGAAGGGGCUAGCUUCUCAUCAGCAAAUGGAUUUAAAGAAUGCUGGAAAGGAAAAGAUCAAGAAUACUGUCAGUCGCAAGGCUCCGUCAGCAAAGAUCAUCCCGAAAAGAAAAGAAGAAAUAUGCAACAAUUCCUCGGUUGAGAUCUUUGCUGAACCCAAAGAACCAACUUUUGAAUCAGAGAGCAGUAGCUAUGAACCGAGCAUUCAUGAAGAGCUUGAGAGGGAACUCUCUGAAAUUCUCAAAAGAUUAUCAUCAUUGGAAUCUGAUGCAGAGAGCAGUGAAGAAGCUGAAGUAUUUGGCGGGAAAAUCGACAAGAGUGGCAUGCCUGAGAUAUAUUCAGUCGCAAGCUUUGGAGAUGAUGUAGAUGAGAGCACCGAAAUUUGUGCUGAAGAAAUUGAUGCUUUCAUGAACUUUCUUCGACGCACAGAUUACGAUCCGCAAGCAGAAGCCAGUGAAGAGAACUGUUCCUGCCUUUUAUCAGAGGAUUAUGAAGAAUGGAGUUCUGAAUGCUUUGUGGUAAAUGGGCAGGACAGUAAAGAUGAAGAACUUGCAAAGAGAACUCAAAAUAGACCAGCAGCAGAAGUCAUUGAACUGAAAUAUGAGCACGAAACCUGGCCGAGUCCUGGAAAUAAGAAUGAUGGUGUAUCAUGUACUGUAGAUAAUGGGCCGCCAUGUUAUCUGGGUAUAAAAUCAGAAGAUGAUAUAGGUCUGAAAUAUGAAGCCGUAGCUUCGGAAGGAAGUACACUGAAACUUGAUUGUAGAAGCUUCAUCUAUGAAGAAGAAAAAGAAGAAAAGGAAAAAGAAAUUGUAGCAGCAGAAGAAGAAAAACUAAGUGAAUUGUAUGCGAUUUCUAGCUGCAAUUAUGAGAUAGACAGCUCGAAUAAAGAAGGGAUAUUAGUAGUGCCGAAAAUUGCAGAUAUAGUUAGAACUGCUGAGAUGUGUGGUGCUGUAACUACAGAAGGUUGUGCUCCAGAAUGUGAUGUUGGUCGGUCAGAAGAUGAUGAAGAAUUAUAUAAAUCAUAUGGACACUCUACUCGCAAUGAUGAAGCUUCGCUAACAGACGAUAUUCAGUCUGAUAGGAUAGAAAAAAGUGUUGAAGAUGUACAAAUCCUUGUAGAGUAUGCUCUUCUUGAGCAGGAGAAUGAUGCGGGCACUGACUUUAAUUGCAAACCACAUGAAGAAGUGGAGCCGGAAUGCGUAAGCACUAGUUCGAGAUGCCUAACACUAAAGCUUUUUCAUGUUGAAGGACAACAAAAUCUUGCCGCCGACAUUGAAAGCCAUUAUAAUUUAGAGCUCGGUGCCGUCAUAAAUAAGGAAUAUCAAAAUGACGAAGGAGAAGAUAGCAUUUCAAUGAACUCGACUAUGGUUCCGACAUCACAGAAAGAAUUUAGCAAGAAUGAUCAGAAACUAACAGUUGCUGAUCACAAUCCUGCAAGAAAAAUAACCAAAGAGGAUUUUCAAGAAGAAAAGGAAGGGAUAAGACGCUUCAAGCCACGAGCGCCACGGUUUCUUCCAACUAAACAUGAUCCUGAAGCAGAAAUGGUUAAUCUCAGGUACGUGACUAUGGAAGAAAGAAAAGAAGCAGCGGAAUGGAUGAUAGAUCAUGCUCUACAACAGGUUGUCACAAAGCUGGCCCCUGCUCGAAAGAAAAAGGUAGCCCUUUUGGUAGAAGCUUUCGAAACUGUGCGCGCUCAAGUGGAAUAAUACUGCAGCUCGUUCUUUUCGAUGGAAGAAGUUUUUCUAGUUUUGUUUCGGUGAAAUGCUACCCUCCUUUUUUGUAGAGGUAGCAUUCACCUGUAUCUGUUUUCAUUAUACUUCAUAUGACAAGCAAUAUCUUCUGGAAAAACAUCAAGAAGUGCUAGUAAGAAGAUUUUAAAAAACGGAAGAACAAAAUGUAAUCCCUGCUUAUAACAGU